AUGAGCCACUGUCAGUUGAUUGAUUAGGUGGUUAAUAAAUUACUUCAAGCAGCUAGAUAGAUUCAUGUACAUUAUAAUAGAAUUUUCCCUAAUUAAUAUCAAAAGCUUUAUUCACUUUAGGUUUACUCUGCAGCUUAGGGAUAUGUUCAAGUCAUGAGAUGGAACGAUAACUAAUUGUUAUUAAGUAGACAAAAAACUUAUAUAUAUUUAUUAAGAGAAAUUUUUGAGAUAGGCUUCCCACUAAACUUAUAAGUUAAGUAAGUUGGAGAGCCUUUGAUUAAAUAGUUUUGUUAUGAUGGAAGGUAUGAGUCUGACAAUGAGAGGAUUUUAGAGGAGAUUAUUUUAGGAAACUUCUUGCCUACUCAAUUAUUUAGAGAGCUGAAGAAAUAGAAAGUCAGAUUGAAGAUGGAAGUAGUUUAUCAGAAGAACUAAAUUAAUUAAUAAGGAGGAAUAUUUAUGAGCAUGAAACUUUAAUAAAAAAUUAAUGAUGAUAAUUUCUGCUAACCUUGCUUGCAGAUAUCAUUAAUUCUUAAUACUGAAGCCAGAAUUCAGAGAACAUCGAAGAUAUUUCCAAACAGGAAUCUUAUGGGAAAGAUUGAGACUAGCUCAUGA